AUGUUUUCAAUUAAAUCAUUACCAAGAGUUACAAAAGUUAAUACAAAAUCAAAUCUAUCUUUAUUAAGAUUAUUACAUAUUCAAACAUUUACAACACCAAAUGAAAAUGCAUUAAAAUUUCAAAUUGAUCAAAAAAUUUUAGAUGAUGAUGUUUCAAGUAUUCAAAUUAAUCAAUUAAAUCAAUCAAUAUCACCAUUAGCUUCCAAGAUAUUCCAAUAUUCAAAAGAUGUUGAAUCAUUAAUGAUUGGUUCUAAUUUCAUAACGGUUAAUAAAGAUGAAUUUACUCAUUGGAAUCAAGUUACUCCAUUAAUCAAGACCAUCUUGGAAAAUCAUAUUGAAAAUAAUGAAGAUAUUAUUAUUGCACAAUCUUCAAAUCCUGCAAAACAACCACAUCAUGAUGAACAUUAUGCCGCUCUUAGUGAAGAAGACCAGGAAAUUUCAGAUUUAAUUUCAGAAUUAAUUGAAACCAAAAUAAGACCAACAAUUCAAGAAGAUGGUGGUGAUUUAAUAUUUAUGAGAUAUUCUGAAGGGAAAGUUUAUGUUCAAUUACAAGGUGCUUGUACAAGUUGUUCCCUUAGUGAUGAUACCCUAAAGAGUGGGAUCCAAGGAAUGUUGAAUCAUUAUAUUGAUGGGAUUGAUGAAGUUGUUAAUUUGGCGGAAGUGGAAUUUAAUAAAUUUGAAGAAAAAUUGAAGGCUUCAAAAGAAGCAAGAGCAUAA